AUGUUCUCCAUCUCUGAGCUAGUAACCAACCUCGCCCUGUCCGUGGGCAUCCUUGUCGUCUCGCGCUUUCUAUGGAAUUACCUCCGCUCUCCACUGAGAUCAUUUCCAGGACCGGUCCCGACAAGCUUCACCAACAUAUGGCGCCUGCAAGACGUGUUCAAAGGACGCUGUGAUAUUACGCAUAAUGAACUACACCGCAAGUACGGACCCGCUGUUCGGAUGGGUCCGAAUAUCCUCAGCCUCUCCGAUCCGACCUUGAUCAGACAGGUGUACAAUACGAAGAAUCCAUGGCUCAAGAGUAAUAUGUACAACGUCAAUGAUGUUAUCGUCUCGGGAACACGAUUCAAGAACCUAUUCUCGAACCAGGACGAGAAGUGGCACUCGACUUUCAUUCGUCCGGUCAAGAGUCUGUACUCCAUGAGCAAGGUUCAGGACGUGGAGCAUAAUGUGGACAUUACUAUCGAGUUAUUGCUUGAGAAGCUCCGUGAGCGAUUCGUCCGCCCGGGCAAGCCCUGUGAGAUGUCCGAAUACAUCGGUUUCUUUGCAUGGGACACCAUGAGCCAGGUGACAUUCUCCAAAGACCUGGGUAUUCUUGAAGCAGGCAGUGAUUACAGAGGUUUCCUAAAAAGAUCCAACAAGACACUCGACUACUUCGCCUCCAUCUGCCAGAUCCCAAUGCUAGACUACGUCUUCGAUAAAAACCCCAUAGUGCGAAUUGGCCCUCCAACGUUCAUCUGGGCCAACAUCUUCAGUCAAGAACAGCUCCAAAAGCGGUACGAGAGCACACAAGCCAGCCACGUCGACUUCCUCUCCAAAUUCCUCGAAGUCAAGAAAAAGCAACCCGAGCUCGUGAACGACAACACAAUCAUCCUCUACCUCAUUUCCAACGUUCUAGCAGGCAGCGACUCGACCGCCAGCACGAUGUGCGCGACAAUCUACUACGUACUUAAAAAUCCAUCCGUGCACGCUAAACUCCGCGAUGAGCUCCGCGAGGCUAGCCUAUCCCUCCCGGCGAAGUGGAAAGAUAUUCACGGACUUAAGUACCUCGAAGCUGUGAUGCGGGAGUCGAUGCGUAUUAACCCCGGUGUUGGACUUAUGAUUGAGCGAGUUGUUCCGAACGGAGGGGUCACACUCCCCGACGGGCGAUUCGUGCCGGAGGGCACGAUCGUUGGUAUGAACCCGUGGGUUAUUAACAGAAAUGAAGAGGUAUUUGGUGCGAAUACAGAUUCGUUUAUACCGGAAAGGUGGCUGAAGGAGCCCGGGGAGUCGGAGGAGGCGUUCCAGGCAAGAUUUGCGAAGAUGAAGGGUACGGACUUUACGUUUGGGGCCGGGUCGAGGGCUUGUCUUGGCAGAAAUUUGAGUCAGUUGGAGAGCUAUAAGCUUGUUGCGACUCUGUUUAGUUCUUUUGAUAUGGAACUUCCGAGUCAGGAGCAUGAGUGGAAGCUUACUAAUUCUUGGUUUAUUCGGCAGAAGAAUAUUCCUGUUCGUUUGGUUGAGAGGGAGGAUAUGGCUGUUUGUGUUUAG